AUGGUCAUCGUCGAAGCCAACAUCAACCAAAUACUCAACGCGGUUGGUCAGCACCGGUGGGAGCAAAGUCUGUCGUUGGGACUACGACGUGUGUACGGGAGUGCCCCGGAGGAGGUGUUGAUCUUCACAGUGGCGUCGUACCUUUACCGGGAGACGUCUUCUUCCUCGGCACUGGCGCCAGUGGACGGAGAUAUCUCCCCCUGUUUCGGAAAGGGCCGCUCCAGCUCGGCUUCCUUCGUCACCCCAUUGCCCGCGGAAAGCCGCGCUCGGACCCAGGUCUCGCGGGAGCGCGAGACCGCGCCGCUACCCCCCGCCACGGAAGAGGCAGACGACGCUCUCGACCUCCUCGCUGCCCCCGGUCCCGCUGGGCUCGCUCCCGGGUCCGGACUCGCCGCUGAGGAGCUGGACAAGUUCGUCGACGGCGAUCCCGAUCACGACCUGGACCUCCACGACCUGGACCUCCACGACCUGGACCUCCACGACCGGGGUAAUGACCGGGGUAAUGACCGGAACUAUGACCAGGCUCAAGACCGGGGCGAGAAGUCUCCCGGCCGGGGCGAGAAGUCUCCCGGCCGGUCGGACGACGUCGAGUACCCCCACCCCCCGUCGCCCGCGAGUCCCUUGGAGAGUCGCCGAGGACCUGCGUCCGAGUGGGAGACUGAGCUGUCUGGGGUUGAGCAGUCAAAGCCCGAUGUGUCGAAGGCCGAUGUGUUGAAGACCGAGCAAUCACGACCGGGGUUGGCACGAGGCGAUAAGUUGGGUGAGGAGCAGGAGCCGAGUUCUUCGCAGGAGUACUCCGAAGACCCUGGGCGGUUGGGCGGUUCGUUCAAGGACGGUCGAACUGUUUCUUUUGGCAGGCCGGACGAAUGGCGUUCGGGUUCGAGUCCGGAAUUGGCGAAAGAGACGGGUGUGAAAGAGACGGUAGGGAGUCAGGAGAUACGGCCGGUGUCAAGAGGGCGUGCGAAGAAGCCUAAGCCGUCGACGCCGAUCAAGAACACGCCUCUCAAGACCACGCCUCUUAAGACUACACCGGGUGCACGAAAAGCUGCUCCCAAAGAACCCGUGCCGCCCCAGUGGGAUCUAUACUGUGUUGGUGAAGAGAACAACCCUGCCGCCGUCCCCGGCGAAGGUCGUAACAAGAGAAGAAAGAACACUACGCCACCUCGUAGUUCUCGAAGACCCCGCAAAGUGGAAGGCAAUUAG